CACAUACGUUUGCAAGUGGACUGAGGCCGGCCCCGGAGGCGGCUCGACGUAUGUGUAACAUCAACUUUUUUUGAAAAGCCGGACUGAGGCCGGACUGAGGCCAGGUGGACUCAGUCCACCUCUGGAUGUGGUUUGAGGCCGGCCCGAGUCCGGACUCAGUCCCGCAAUCGGUAGGUGUAACACCAAAGUGGACUCGGCGCCGGCUUAUAAGCGGAAGUGACGCGACCUGUCAUCAUCAACAAUGCAUCGGCCGGGCGCGCUUUUGCCAUUUGGACCAGGCAUGCAGUAUAUAUUAUAGGUAAGCCUCGCCCCGAGCGUAAAAUUACAUUGUUUUUCAUCAUUUAUUGCUUUAAAUUUUAAUUUCCUCAUAUCCAGCAGCCUGCACUAAGACACGACAUAUUCUGUACUGGUGGGCUAAAAGUUUAAACCGUUUAUUCCUGGUAUUUUCUCCGAACAGAACUGAUGAGUGAUGGUGACUUGUAAUUCAGUCCCAUCCCUAUAUUUCUGUGGGUUUGGGAAUUAUGAUUUUCGAUCGUCUGAUCAUUUCCUGUUUAUUUCGAUGUUUUUAAAUACAUCGCUACUGUGAUUGCACCAUCUGAAGAAUGAUCAUUAUUUUUUUGUUGGCGAUGAUAAUUUAUCAAUACUAAUAGACAGACUAAAAACAAUAGCCUGGACAGGAGUGCCAUACAUCAUGAGCCGUCAUAAUUUUUCUCAUAUGAUUAUGAAAUUAUGACUCAUCAUCAUCAGACUCGGAGUCAGACUGUCAGAGUUAAUACAUCAUCUUAUGCCUCAAACAAAGUCAUCAUGAUCAUGAGGCAUGAACUUGAUGAAGUAUUUAACUUUGAUUUUGAAGGCAUGGCCAGGGGCAGGCCAGGCCAUGAGACAUGAAACUAGACAAUUGCCAUUAAUUAUUUCAAAUGCCAAUAAUCCACUCAGUCGGAGUCGCACAUAGUCAGAAAUUGGACAUGAAAUAUGUCGCUAGACAUUGAAACAAAUGAGUAGGGUCUAGAUCUACAUAUAAAAUAGUGUCUGCCUGUAAAAUCCCCACAAAAAAGAAGUAGACUAAAAUAAGUAGAUUCUAGCGGUGAGUGCAUAAAACAAUGUUAAUACAGAUUACAGUACAAUAAUAUACACAACUCUAACUUCGAAGUCCUAUCCCUAACCAACCAAAGUCAUCAGGAGGCCGCGUACUCUAGGAUGGACGCCGGGGUCUGCGAACCCUAACCCUAGCUGUAACAGACUCUGCGUACCUUACUAUUAUAGUAUUAACUGUCUCUAUAAUUAACACUCUAGGCCUACCAUCUCUAAAUGAUCAUUAAACCGUCUCUAAAAUUAUCACUAGAAGCAAAUUGUAUUAAAAAUUGUAUACAUUAACAGAUUAACACGUGAUAUGAUAACAAAAGAAACUUGUAAAUAAAGUAUGAAUAAGUUCUUCUUCCACCGGUAUUCAGAGAUCAGCGGCUGGCCACGUGUUAGUUGCCGAGCUGUAGGAGUUUAUCUUGAUGGACUUGAUAGAUUUUUAGAAUAUUAUUUCCCAUAUUUUGUAUACUAUAUGGAUUUCUAGAUAGUUAUUUUAGAAAGUGAUUUCCCAUAUUUUGUAUACUUUAUUUAUAUUAGUUAUGUCAUUCUAAGUCAUACCCAUAUUUUUCAAUUGUUUUAUUCAAUUUUAGUGAUGGGUACAUAUGGAACUUUAGCGGAAUAAUUUGUCCAUCGAUCAUCAAAUGUUACAUAGCAGGGGGAGAAGGGCCUUCAUAUAUCUAGGUGGUCGAUCAAUCUGAAUCAUUAAAUUUGAAUUUUUGAUGAUAUUCAUGUCAACUGUCCCCUGACAAGAGAAGUUGUUGACAAGAUCAAAAAUCCUAAAAGGUGAUUAAUAGAUGUUACACAUAAUUUUAUAUAAUAAUUUUACCACAUCGUAAUCUUUGUGGUUACCAUUAUUAAUUUGUAUUUGUAUUUGUUCUCUCAUUUUAGAUCAAAAUGGCACCAACAGGGAGAGGGAGUCUGUGGGAAGAUGUGGAGACGCUGUGCCUCCUGAAUAUUUGGCGGGAGAAAAACAUUCAAGAACAGAUGGAUGGCACAGUAAGGAACAAAACGGUAUUUCGUAAGAUAUGCCAAUUGAUGAAAGAAAGGGGGUUCGAAAGGGCAGAGGACCAAAUCAAGCGGAAAAUUAAACAACUAAGAGCGUCCUUCCGAAAGACGGAGGACAAUAACAAUCGAUCAGGCAGGGGGAGAAUUACAUGUAAAUUCUAUAGCGAACUGCAGGAGAUCUUUGGGGGCAGACCAGAGACUGCACCAGUUGCCAUUCUGGCGUCGCAACCAGAGGAGGAGGAUCAAUCUGAGUCGCUAGACUCGGUGGACUCUGAUUCACUGCCGAGAGAGGAGGAGGAGGAUGGAGCCGAAGAAGAUAGAAGUAUAACGGAUGAUGAACUGGAGGAAAAUGAUGUGGAAGCACCAACAGAAUUGGUUGGCAAUUUUCCACCGGAGGAUCUAGAGGGACCUUCAACAUCAUCUGCUAAUGGACGUAAGGCAACUGGGGAAAAGCGGAAGAAAUCAAAGCUGCAGGAGUCCUUCGGACUGAUAGCCAAGGAGAUAAAGACACUGGAGGAGGACAGUACAAAUGCCUUCAAUGCUAGGGAGGAUCGGUUCAUGCAGCGCCAAAUGGAGUGGGAGCGUGAGCUCCUAAUGAAGGCACAGCGUACUGAAGAAAAAAAACUAGAGGAGAAGGAGAGGAGGAGAAGAGAAGAGAGGGAGCAUAGAGAGCAAGAAAAAGAACGUGAUAGACAGCAUCAACUCCAAAUGCUUCAGGCCUUAAUGGCUGGUAUGCGGCAGUCGUCAACUUCAAUGUGGCAGCAACAGGGAAACAACUCCCAGUCCGGUCCAGAGCGGUCUCCAAAUUCCUGGCCCUACAAUCACGAUUACACUCCACUGUAAUUGUUACAAACAUAAUGCAUUCUUCAAGUGGAGGAGUGUGUGUGUUUGGAAUUCCCACGGUGGUAAACAUGUAUUUGUCAUAUGAGAUGACACUUUUCAGGAUUUUUGUUCAUCACAAUUUCUUUCCUCAGUACUUGUUGCUGCAUAUCAUUCACCUGUACUCUUGCCAUGCUGAAACCCUUGUUUUUACUUAGCCAUCCAUCUCAGUGCUGCCAGAAUCAUUGCCAAGGGCAAGGGAAUUUACAUGUAAAUUGUAGAUGUUAGUACUUUUUGUUCUUAGCACUUAUAGAUUUUUAUAAACAUAUAACUUUGUUUUUAUGUAGU